ACAUCUUAGCUCAUUUUGUGUGAGGAACAAGAGGGGACACGUGCAAACAAGGACAAGCGGAGCGACUGGAUUCUUCCAAUCCUUUUGGAUUAGCUCACUUAAGUACACUGAACGACUGACCUGGGAACAGCCGGACAGGUCUAGGUGUAGGAGAUUGUGGCACCCUCUUCCCAAGCUCAGCCCUUCUGAGAGAAAAGAGAGAAAGAAAGAGAGAAAAACGCUGCAGGUUCCAGCAUGCGCGUGACCUCCUCUUUCGUCGUGUUCUCCCUGCUUCUGCUCCUGCUUCUGCCGCCGAUCGUCGAGAUGAAACGAGCGGGCAAAGGCAGAGGCCUCAGAAGAGCAAGACAAAAGCUCGCCCGAGACAGGGUGAGAGGUGUCGGCCGUCACAGCAGAUCCGACCCCCCAAGACCAGCCAACUGCUCUGAAUGGUUAGAGUCCGGGCGUGUCUUUGCAGACUGUCAAGACUGCCGCCUCAUCUCCAUUCCCAGGCCGCAGACCUGGUCCAGAGCACCCAAGUACCUCCUCUUAGCACGUAAUAGGAUCAAGAUCCUCCGUGACGAAGCCUUCGCCGGUUACGGGAGUCUAACCAGUCUGGACUUGCAGCAGAAUCACAUCUCGUUGGUGGAGGAGGGGGCCUUCGAGGGUUUGACUCGGCUCACAACCCUGCUGCUCCAGCACAACCGCCUGACUUCGCUGAACGAGGAAGCCCUCAUCCCCAUGCCCAACCUCCGCUACCUGCGCCUCUAUGACAAUCCUUUGAAUUGUCACUGUGACAUGGACAGUCUCGUACAAACCCUUCAGGUCCCGAGUAACCGUAAUCUGGGAAAUCAUGCCAGGUGUGCAGAGCCUCUUUGGCUGAAAGGCAAGAAGUUGAAACGGAUUGACCCCGAGCUGCUCUGCAAGAAGUUCAACCCGAAGGAAAAGCCACAGGGUGACCAGACUGACCCCAAAGAUCCCGUGGAGCCCAUUCCCUUCCAAAACAAACCAGAUGCCAUUACAUCCUGCCACACUUAUUACUUCCCUCAUGUACGCGUGGACUGCAGUAACCGAGGUCUAACCGAGGUGCCUGCCGGUAUUCCCGAGGACGCUGUCCAACUAGAUCUCUCCCACAAUUCCAUCCGACAUCUCAAGGGCAAGAGUUUCCAAGGUGCAAAAAGUCUGAAAACGCUGAACCUCAGCCACAACAACAUGGAGCGCAUUGACACAGCUUCCUUGUUUGGGCUCCUACACCUCCGCGAGUUGGACCUGUCAGACAACAGCCUGCAUUUUGUCCAGUAUGGGGUUCUUGAAGACCUCUACUUUCUGUCCAAGCUGAAGCUGGGGGGAAACCCCUGGGUGUGUGACUACAGCAUCCACUACAUGGUGUAUUGGCUUCGACUGCACCCGGUGGUGAGACACUCCGGCCUGUUGUGUCGCUCGCCCCCCGAAUACACGGGCGAGAGCGUGGAGGAAUACGUGCGCUCCUACAACCGAGGGUGUCCCAGAGACAGACAGCAGAGUCAGCGAGACCAAACUGAGACGGACGAGCUGCUCUGGAACUCCCUGGAAGAGGUGCAGGGCGAGCCGGAAGAGGAAGUGGAGCCCAGCCACUUGAGACAGCCUCAGAAGUACCAGAUUAUCAGACUGUCUUGAGGGAAAAUGUGCCAAAUGGGCUCUGUUUACAACUGUCCCCACUUACUUUCCAUAUUGUCAAAUAGUCUGUAUCAGAUGAAGAAUCUACUUUUGUGGUGUGUAAUCCCUCCAAAAUAUGGGAACGACCUUGAAUCUUUAAAAAAGAAAUGUUAGCUACACCACUUUGCAAGUUUAAUAGGGAUCUGUACAUUUUCCAGUGGUGUAUAACAGUGAUCCCCAACCUUUUAUCCGCCACAGACCGGUUCAUGCUAGUACAUACUUGGGAGGGCUGAGGGGCUGGGGCAGGGGCACGUUUGCCGAUGGUACCCGGCCCACGGGCCGGUGGUCAGGGACCACUGGUGUGUAAUUAUUACAAAUGUCACAAUAUUGUUGCUUAGUACACUCCAAUGUUGCAUUAAAAAAAAAGAAACAUUGAUUUAUUUGGAAAAUCUGGUUGAUUAACUUCAUAUUUAGGUUAUGCCACGUUAACUUGAUAUUUAGGUUAUUCCACAUUAAAGUUUUCAGUUUUAAAUUUGAA